AUGGCGGCAGCCAGCGAUGAGUGCGAGGUGGCGCCCCCGGAGGGCCCGGAGCCGCCUCCCACGAGUCCCACGAGGCGAGUGCUGCUGGUGGGCACGCCGCCCCGCCUGCUCCUGCCGCAGAGCGGGGGCGGCGGGCCAGCGCCGCCGCCGGGCCCGCCAGGCCGUGCGCCGGCCGAGCGGAGCGCGGGGUCGCAGCCCCUGCGCUCGGCGGGCCACGAGCUGGCCAGCCAGGUGCGGGGCGCCAACGCCAGCGGGCGGCUCUGGAGCUUCGAGGGGGCGGGCGCCUCCGCGCCCAGCCGGGCCCCCCUGCCGCCGCUGGCGGGGGGCGCCGAUGCGGGCUCGCAGAGCGCGCGGGGCCCCCAGGAUCGGCGCACGAGCUGCCAGCUCGUGCUGCAGCUGCCCGACUCCGCCCGCGGCAUGCCCUUCAGCCGGGUGGUGCACGCCGCGCACGGCCAGAGGCCGCUGCGCUCUACCUGGCAGAGUAUGCACUUCGAUGGGCUGCUGAAGCAGCGGGAGCGGGCCGGCGAGCACCUGGGGGCAGGCCGCAGCUCCAAGUGGGAUGCGCUGCGGCGCCUCACGGGCCGGGCGUCGCCCCUCAGCCCACCGGCCACCUUGCGCGGGGGCCUGGCCGGCGGCCCUGCCGAGCCGCCCGAGCGGACGAUCGUGCUGAGGAAGAGCUCCGUGCUCGACCUGCUCGGGGCUGACGUUGAGCGCUACGAGCGCCGGGCCUGGCAGGUCCGGUCCCUGGAGGAGGCUGGCGUGAUCGCAAGGUGGAACAGGGACAACGCCGGCGCGGCCAUCGAGCCGGGGGACGUCAUCGUGGAGGGCCACAAUCCGUAG